AUGGACACCCUCCUCUUCCUCUGCGCCCGCCACCUGGUGAGUCACCUCCCCGGCACCCGCCGCGCCCUGGAGCUGCUCCCGGCCGAGCUCUACCCCGUCCUCUUCCGAGUGGCCUUCCUGGACGGACGGGUCCUGGCCCUACGGGACCUGGUGGGGACGUGGCCGUUCCCCGUCCUCAGCUUCCAGCACCUCCUGGGUCACCGGGAUGGUUGUCACCGUCACCGGGAUGGUUGUCACCGUCACCAGGAUGGCUGUCCCAGGAAGUUGUGUGUCCAGGCUGUCAUCCUGGCUGUGGUGACACAUCUCCGGCGGGCGCUGGAGGUGGCUUCUCGUGGGAUGAGUGACAAUCGCUGCCACCUCCGGCUCUUGGACAUGACGGGUCUCCAGGAUGACGUCACCAACCACGACACCGAGGGGAUGAGUUUAUGGUCCAGCACGGUGACUUUGGCCAAAGCUUGUCUAGAAAUCACCAAACACCAAAAGGAAUAUUUGAAACAUCAUUCCAAACGCCAUAAAGGUCCCACCACCACCUCAACAUCUCCACAACCCAUCGGCGGCGUGGAGAUCUUCACCGAUCUCUUCGUCAACGCCACCUCCUUCACCAUCUUACGUGACGCUCUCCAGAGCGGACUCACCGGUCUUCUACAUCUUAAAUGCCGCCAUUUUCACGCUGAAGAACUUUCCAUCGCCGGCACCGUGAGUUUGGUGGAAUCUCUGGACCCUGUUGGGGUCAGACGGGUGGAUUUACGCUUCAAUAAUUUCGGGUUGAGCGGACUUUGUGCAGUUUUACCUCAUCUCACCAGAUUUCCACAUCUUCUCAGUCUUAAAUUACCCUACAGCAAUGUUGACGUGAGAAAGAUGGCUGCCGGGAUGGAUGUCGGUCUACGAUGUCUCGCCGAGCAGUUGGGGAGGUUGGUCAACCUCAAGGAACUUAAUUUGGGUUCUUCUAGGCUUUCGGGGAAACUGAGGCAACUUCUUGGGUAA